UUCAAAAAUAUUACUGCUCACAAAGAACGUAUAAAUGAAAUAAUUUCUAAAGAAUAUGCUGCAAGGAUUCGUGCCAAUAUUUCUGAUACACAUACAUUUGUACCAAGUCACUAUGAUCCAGAGUAUGCUACACUUGAAGAUCAUGGCACAACUCAUAUUUCAGUCGUAGACGCUGAUGAGAUGGCCGUUAGCAUGACUGCUACUCUUAAUCAUUUCUGGGGGUCACAAGUUAUGGAUCCAAAUACUGGAAUCUUAUUUAAUGAUCAAAUGGACGAUUUCGCAAUUCCUAUACCACCAACAAUUGAAAGAUUCUGGCCUGCUCCUCAUAAUUUCCCUGCACCAGGUAAAAAACCAAUGUCUUCAACAUCACCUACAAUAAUUGAAAGACCCGAUGGGAGAUUUGAAAUGGCUGUUGGUGCUAGUGGUGGCACCAGAAUUAUGUCAGCAGUUACACAGACAUUAUUAAAUAUUUAUGAAUUUAAUAUGAACGUUCUGGAAGCUAUUGAUUACCCAAGGUUGUACCACCCACUAUUGCCAAAUGAGUUGUUUGUUGAAUCAGGAUUUCCAUUCGAGAUAUUAGAACAACUUAUUAAAAUUGGGCACGUUGUUAAAAUACACAGUAUUUAUAAUAGAGGUUAUGGAUGUCAAGUUCAGUGUGUUAGAAAAUUCGAAAAUGGAACUAUUCAUG